AUGGCUCUUCUUUACGAGCGAUCUUCUGUAUGGCGUGCGAUCGUUUCUGCAACGCGGAAUCCACGAGUGUUAAUUCUGUUCACGGUGACUGCAACCGCAGCGGGCUAUGCCAUUGGAAAGGUAUCGGAGAUCGCGACCUCGGCAGCAUCAGAAAAAACGAAAGAUGACAUGGAGCAGAAAGUUCGGAAGGAUUUCGAAACAGCACGAUAUGCAAGCCAUAGCAAAAAUGCACUAGCUGUCAUGUUUGACAGCAUCAAACCGGAGAAUACACAUGGGGAGGACAACGUCAAUGCAAAACACAAGAAGCAUCCGAUUAAAUUGCCUGGGGUGAUGUGGCACCCCGCUAUUGCGAAAAGGGAAGCAGCGGCCAAGAUUGCCCGAGAAGCGGCUGCGACAGAAGGCAUGCCUGCUGCAUCGAGACCGACGCAAACAAGCCAACUUGGGCCGUCUAGCAAGCCGAAAGAAGGGUAA